ACAAGCCCGAUAUAAAAGAAAAACUAGCUAUCAUGGGUAUAUCGUUGAAGAUCAAGAUCCCUAUUGGCUCUAGAAGACGCCCCAGCGAGAAGCCCGACGUACAGAAACCCUCCGGUGAAGGUAGCAGCCACAAGCAGGCACAAGACCAUCGCAGCAGAGACCCCCCAUCUCCCCACCACUCACGAAAACCUGAGUCCAGACCCAAGCCCUAUAUCGUGCAGCCCACAACGCGCAGCUACAACAUUGCGGAAGUAAGGCUUUCCACCGCGCCCCAAAAACCCCAUGUCACAACCCACACUAUCACCACGACGACUCCCUCCUCCCGCCGCCAUCGCCGCCACAGUAGCAUAUCCAUCCGCUCACCCCCCAGGAGUUCUCACGGCUAUGUCGAAACCCGGCGCCGCCGCUCGUCCCAAACCACAACCCCCAGAUCCCCCGUAAGUCCGCUCGGAACCUCUCGUUUCGAGUACCCCUCGCCCUGGUCGCGCCCUCAACCGGCCAUCCAGCGCGAUGAGUACGGGUUCAGUAUUCGCAUGCCGUCGACGCCGGCUGGGCAGGCGAAUGAGUACGGGAUGAGUGCUCUGGCGCCGGUGGAUUCGGAUGAGUAUAGCUAUUUUGAGCCGUGGGUGGGGGAUGAGAAGGAGGGUGCGAAGGAGGAUGAGAAGGAGAAGGAAAAGAGUGGGUGGACGGAGGACAAUUUGCGUGGGUACUAUAGUUAUGGGGUGGGGAGUGUGGGGGCUGCCGGGGGGAGGAGUGAACAGUCCGUGAGAGAGAGUCAGGGGGAGGGGAGCAGGGUAAGGUUUGCUUAG